UUUCUGUACUUUAGACGAAACACAUUAAGUCGGUAAUUACUCUUUUGCAAGUUUUAAUAAACCCUAAUUAGCGAUUUCGUAUAACACAGAUACAAAAUUUGGGGUUUCUUCCUCAACGACGACUCUUCUCAGUGAUUGAUUUUACAAUUCCGAAACUAUGUUGAUCGGCGAUGAUAUCUCUCUAUCUCCGUCUAAUCCAUCAAAGCUUACCCCUGAAGAAGCAGAUGCGAAAUUGAAGGAGAAGAGAAGAAUCUGGAAUCAACUAAAUUCAAAGCGUUAUGGUGAAAAGAGAAGGUUAGGGUUUGUGGAAACUCAGAAAGAAGAUAUGCCACCAGAGCAUAUAAGGAAGAUUAUCAAAGAACAUGGAGAUAUGUCAUCGAAGAAGUAUCGUAAUGAUAAACGAGUUUAUCUUGGAGCGCUUAAGUUUGUUCCUCACGCAGUUUUCAAGCUUUUGGAGAAUAUGCCUAUGCCUUGGGAACAAGUUAGAGAUGUUAAGGUUUUGUAUCACAUUACUGGAGCGAUUACGUUUGUGAAUGAGAUUCCUUUUGUUGUUGAACCUAUUUACAUGGCUCAAUGGGGUACUAUGUGGAUUAUGAUGCGUAGGGAGAAGAGAGAUCGUAGACAUUUUAAGAGGAUGCGGUUUCCGCCGUUUGAUGACGAAGAGCCGGUGUUGGAUUAUGCGGAUAAUUUGAUGGAUGUUGAUCCUUUGGAGCCUAUUCAGUUGGAGCUUGAUGAGGAGGAUGAUUCUUGUGUGUAUAAUUGGUUUUAUGAUCAUAAGCCACUUUUGAAGACGAGUAUGAUCAAUGGUCCGAGUUACAAGAGGUGGAAUCUUUCACUUCCGAUUAUGGCAACGCUUCAUAGGCUUGCGGGUCAGUUGCUUUCUGAUUUGGUUGAUAGAAACUAUUUCUACUUGUUUGAUAUGCCAUCUUUCUUCACAGCCAAGGCAUUGAAUAUGUGUAUACCUGGUGGUCCUAAGUUUGAACCUUUGUAUCAUGAUACAGAGAAAGGUGACGAGGAAUGGAACGAGUUUAAUGAUAUCAACAAGGUUAUCACUCGGUCACGGCUGCGAACUGAAGGCAGAAUUGCUUUCCCUUACUUGUACAAUAACAGGCCAAGGAAAGUUAAACUAUGUGCGUAUCACACUCCUAUGGUUAUGUUUAUUAAGACAGAGGAUCCUGAUGUUCCUGCGUUUUAUUAUGAUCCAUUGAUUAACCCAAUAAGUAACACUUUUCGUGACAGGACGGUUUGUGAUGAUGAUGAGGAUGACUUUGUAUUACCAAACGGAGUGGAGCCUCUGCUACAAGACACUCAGCUUUACACUGACACUACAACUGAUGGGAUUUCGUUGUUGUUUGCCCCAAGACCUUUCAAUAUGAGGUCUGGGAAGACGCGACGGGCUGAAGAUAUACCGUUGGUGUCAGAGUGGUUCAAGGAGCACUGUCCAACAUCACAUCCGGUCAAAGUUCGGGUUAGUUACCAGAAGCUUUUGAAAUGUUAUGUGCUGAAUGAGUUGCACCGUAGACCACCUAAAGCUCAGAAGAAAAAGCACUUGUUCCGAUCUCUUGCAGGUACAAAAUUUUUCCAAAGCACUGAACUUGAUUGGGUCGAAGCUGGUCUCCAAGUUUGUCGGCAGGGGUAUAAUAUGUUGAAUCUGUUGAUUCACAGGAAGGGUUUGAACUACCUGCAUCUUGAUUACAAUUUCAACCUCAAGCCAGUUAAGACUUUGACGACUAAAGAGCGAAAGAAGUCACGUUUUGGGAAUGCUUUCCAUCUCUGUCGCGAGAUUCUCCGCCUGACAAAACUCAUAGUUGACGCAAAUGUCCAAUUCCGUCUUGGGAAUGUUGAUGCCUUCCAAUUGGCUGAUGGUCUGCAAUAUAUUUUCUCCCAUGUUGGCCAGUUGACAGGUAUGUAUCGUUAUAAGUACAGACUGAUGAGACAAAUUAGGAUGUGUAAGGAUUUAAAGCACUUGAUCUAUUACCGUUUCAAUACUGGUCCUGUGGGUAAAGGACCAGGGUGUGGAUUUUGGGCUCCAAUGUGGAGAGUGUGGUUGUUUUUCCUCCGUGGAAUAGUUCCUCUACUUGAACGAUGGUUAGGGAAUCUUCUUGGACGUCAAUUUGAGGGGCGUCACUCAAAAGGAGUGGCAAAGACUGUCACAAAACAAAGAGUCGAAAGCCAUUUUGAUUUGGAGCUUCGGUCUGCUGUCAUGCAUGAUAUCGUUGAUGCCAUGCCAGAGGGAACCAAGCAGAAUAAAGUCAAGGAAAUACGAUGCGUUGUAAUGGUGCCACAGCGGGGAUCACACCAGCAAGUUCACUUGCCUUCAUCUCUUCCUGAGCAUGAUUUCUUAAAGGAUUUUGAGCCCCUAGGAUGGAUGCACACACAGCCUAAUGAGCUUCCUCAGUUGUCGCCACAAGAUGUUACAUCACAUGCACGUUUUCUGGAGAAUAACAAGCAAUGGGACAGAGAAAAAUGUAUCAUCUUGACUUGCAGUUUCACUCCAGGCUCAUGUUCUUUGACCUCAUAUAAGCUGACGGAAACUGGAUAUGAAUGGGGACGUCUCAACAAGGACAGUGGCAGCAAUCCCCAAGGCUACCUUCCGACACACUAUGACAAGGUUCAAAUGCUAUUGAGUGACCGGUUCCUUGGGUUUUACAUGGUUCCUGAUAACGGACCAUGGAACUAUAACUUUAUGGGGGUGAAGCAUACAGAGAGCAUGAAAUAUAGUGUGAAACUCGGAAACCCCAAGGAGUACUAUGACAAUGAGCAUCGACCCACUCAUUAUCUGGAGUUCAGCAAUAUGGAAGAGGAUAGAGACUUCAGCGAGAGAGAUCGUGAUGACUGUUAUGCUUGACAUUAACUCUUUCACUGCCUUAUUGUUUUGCUUUUUUUUAUCUUCGUACCUGUGUCUUAUAAGAAUCUUGUGUACUAUGCAUCUUACUUGGAGUCUGUGCUAUGCACCGAUAAUUGGCCAUUGAUGCGGCGCUCUACUGAGGUUUGAUGUAAUCUAUUUGUAUGACUGAAGUUGGUUGGUUUUCCUGAAGUCUUUUUCUCCUUUUCUGUUCCCUUGUAGUUUCGUCAUCUCUCAUAGUGGAGUAUUUAGAUCUUUCUAUAUUUGUUUAGUUUCUAUUGUUAUUUCUUAGACUAAAGUGGCUUAUGAUUU